AUCCUUCGAUUGAGGGAUACGACGUUGCUGAGCUUGUACGAGAUAGCCUUCGAAAAAGUCAAGGAGGAGUUAGACGAGGAGGCGCGGGCUUCGAGGCCAAGCAAGCAAGGACCCGUCGCAUUGGCGGCCCUGGAAUCGGUUAUUCUGCUAGAAAAGGAUGGGCCUAGCGGGAGCCUCAUAACAAAGGUGACCAAGCAUUCGCGGACCUGCAGGGAACGCUGGCGGGGUCCUUAUGUGAACUUGGGUAGUGGUGUUGCCCGUCGAGCGAAUCUAGAAUUGCUGGCGCACAUCGAGGCGAUCAUCAUGUGGCAAAGGAGCACCUUGAGAAGGCGGAAGACGAAAUGUCACUGUUUUCAAGAACCAUGGACGACUCUUCUGUGUAAGAGUGAGGGUUGCAGUUACCUCGUGUGGCUCUGCUAUGGAUGUUGUCUACGCGCCGUAACACCACACUCUCGAAGCUCAACUCCACUAAACACCCGCAAUCUUUCGUCCAGUGCGAGGUUAGCACUGGCGCUGCGUUCGAAGAUGAUAUCCUUAGCAAAGGUGGCACAUUACGGAGUUUCAGCAGCAGAUGAAGAAGCUCACUUAAAUGUUGAGGAAUAUGGGUCUUCAAGCGUCGAUCGAAAUAGCUCUCCAUCGCACGAUUCCGAGUCGCCACAGCUAGUUGGCGUGUUGAUAUGUCCUUCACAGGUCGCCCGCCAAACUACGCUUCAGUUCGAC